CUUUUAGCAUGUUUAGGGGCUCCUAAUACACUCCCCAUACACCCCAUUCGACCCCCCAAAGAGAUAAGAGAGAAAGGGAAUCCACACAACCCAAGAGAGAAGGAAGGAGGAGAGCAGUCCGCAGGUUCGUUCUUCAGUGCGUAGCUCUGAUUGUUUGAGCCAUAACUUGAGAUUUACUCAUCCAAAUAAGGCGUGCGAGAUACCAACAGAAAGCUCUCAAGACGAGGAAUCCGUGAAGGUCUGGUUUGCAUCAAUCGGAGUAGUGGAAGGCUUCCAAAUCGACCGAGCAAAACACGACCUCGCAGAAUACGUUUUUGUAUUCAAAGUUAGAGAACGAAUUCGUCGGGAAACACCCGUUCUAGGGACUGUUUUUGCAUUUUCGGUUAGGAGUUGAACUAGCACUUUGAGGGGGCUGUUUAACACUCAAUUCCAAGCAAGGAAUCAGUUCUCAAUCUUCCUUGGCCGAGGCUUUGGUCAUUGGAUCGAGAAGGAAAGUUUUAAAGCUCAUUUGAGGUUGAGGCUAGAGCUUGCUUCCUGUGCUCGUUGCUCGAGAGAUCAUAUAGGAGGGAAGACUUGGUUCGUGCUUCCUCCAUUCUGUUUUUAAACAUUAAUAAACAUGCUCAUGGAUAUUUUACUAUAGAGCCUGCGUGCUCAUGAAUAGCCCUGUGUGGCCCUUUUGUUUUAAACAAUGUUUUUCCGCUGCGUUAUGAAUUACUUAGGGAAUUACUUAUUAUGUUUGUUUAUGGAUGUAUAUGUGUGAAUGAUAUUCAAGACGCCUUGUAUAAUAUGAAUGUGUUGGACUGCGGUUGACUAUUCGUAUUGUACGGCGGGUUGUUGACGUGUCCGGAUUGGUCCGGGGCGUGACAAUUAAGUUGGUAUCAGAGCCUUAGUCCAUAAACUUCAUAAUGAAGUCUCAAAAUUCUCUUUUUGAAAAGAUUUUGAAAACCAUGAGCAUAGAAGUUUUGUACUUGGAGAGCUUUUGGUACUUGGGUUGCAAGGUCUCUAAUUGUUAAGAUGGUACCCUUAGCAAUUGGUAUGGCAGUGACUCGAGCCAAAAUGUGUCUUAAGUACCUAUCCGUCAAUUGACAUUUGAUACGAGUCUAACGACUCUUUCCCAAUUUCCUUCAGAAAUGGACCGUGGUGGCAGGAUUACUAGGAGAAAUCCGACCGGCCGUGUACUAGAGGAGACUGGACAGGGCAGUCGAAGGACCUCUAGGGCAUCUAGAGGAGCUGGCCGUGGAGGCCGAUCACAGACCGUGAGUGACGGUCAUGUCGACACAGAAAGUGAAAUCUACUGGACUACUGGUCCUAUGAGGACUCGACUUACCAACCGGAAACCGAGCCGGUUGAGACCCCUUACGAAGGGGAUGACGAUGAUGUGAGCGAUGAAGAGGGGGAGAAUGACUCCCUAGCAAGAAUAGAGGCGCUGCUCCAACAAUAUCAACGGGAGCGCGAGGAAAGGGGGGAACGCCGAAGGCGCCGGGGAGGGCGAAUUUCGGGUGAGGCUUCAAGAGGAAGAAGCCAUGGCGAUUCUCGGGCCCACAUUGAACCACAUGGGGGCCGGGGUGAUGGAGGUCCAAUCAUAAGGAUCUCAAAAUUUCUUAAAGAGGCUAGGGACUUGGGGUGCAAACCCUUCAACGGAGCAGGCGACAUCUCGGUCGCCGCGGAAUGGAUCAAGAGGUUGAACGAGGCAGCCCUUGAUAUGCAACUCACCCCCGAAUUUAAACUAAGGGUGGCGGUGAGAUUGCUUGAAGGGAUGGCAUCCACAUGGUGGGAUGGAGCCAAGGGAAAGUAUGGCAAUACCGUGACUUGGGAGAAUUUCCGACAGGAGUUCUUUGCCCUCCUGACCCAAGGUGGCAAGAUGACGGUGAGGCAACUUGAACAUAAAUUCAGGGAGCUCGCGGAGUUCAUACCGGAGUAUGUCUGUGACGAGAACCGGAUGGUAAAUCACUUCUGGGAUGCCUUAGACCUGGAGGUGCGUGAGAGGGCAACACAGUUGCCUAACAUGACCUUUAGCCAAGUGGUCGAGCAAGGGUUGAAAGGAGAGAAAGAAUGGGAAGAGAGAAAGUUGAAAAACGCUGAAGAGGCGAAGAAGAGAAAGUGGGAGAACCAUGGACCUCAAGGUCCUAGCAAAAAGGGGAACCAUGGGGGAGGAGGAUCCUUUCGGACACCCCCACUGCCAUCUAGGGGAAGUCAAGGCCCGGGCGGGCAAUCACAAGCCUCGGGGGGGACUCGUUGCAAGAAUUGCAAGAGGAACCACCUGGGGAAAUGUCGUGACCCUCCUAGAUGCUAUCAAUACGGAAACACCGGGCACUUGAAGAUGAAUUGCCCACAAUUGGGUGGGGCAAGGUCAUCGGGACCAAGUAGUGGUAAUACCGUGACACGGAAUCAAGCCGGGACUUCACAAGCGUCCAGGGGGCAAGGGGGAGCAAGCGCAAGCAAUGCGCCGUCCGUGAAUCAAGGAAGGACUCAAGCUAGGGUCUACGCGAUGACGGAGGCGGAUGCUCAAGCUAACCCGGAUUCCGUUGCAGGUAUUGCCUCUCGUAUGCUAGUGUUUUAUCCUUAAUUAGUCCAUAAAUUGAGGUUACUAAUUGCUAGGAUCAUUGCACAAGGUUUUGGGGUCAAACCGGGGGAUUUCGGGCAACUUCAGGCGGCUGGAACCCAGGCACGAUCGUGCCUAAGGCAGACACGAUCGUGCCUCCAAGUCAGUAGCUGCCCAGGAAUUUCCCAGCCCAGGCACGAUCGUGCCUAAGGCAGACACGAUCGUGCCUACAAGGCAGUAGCUCCCCAGGUGUUUCCCCAAACCAGGCACGAUCGUGCCUAAGGCAGACACGAUCGUGCCUCCAAGGCAGUAGCCCCCAGGGCUUUUUCCGGAGCCAGGCACGAUCGUGCCUACCCCAGGCACGCCGUGCCUGGCACCCAGAUUGCCGAAGUGCGAUUUUUUCGCACCGUUUUGCGACGAUAAGACCUUUUCUUGAUCCCUAACGUGCGUGUGAACAUUGUAACCUUCUAUAAUUGAGUAGGGAGGGUAGGAAAGAUGUCUUACACGGUUCAUGAAUGUAGGGACACUAAAGAUUAAUGGGAAGGAUGCGCGAAUCCUUAUCGAUAUCGGGGCGCAACGUUCAUUUGUGAAUGAAGCGUUCGCCAAGAGAUUGGGAGUGCAAUCCGCACCAUUGACGCAAACCUUAGUGGUAUCAACACCACUAGGGGACGACGUGGAAAGAACUUCUUACUAUCCAUCUUGUGGGGUGGAGGUUAAUGGUCAAACCUUGACGUGUGACUUCGUACCGCUGAGCAUGAUUGAAUUCGAUGCAAUCCUAGGGAUGGAUUGGCUAGAAAGGAACCAUGCUAGGGUAGAUUGCUACACGAAGGUUCUUGAACUCGAAGGCAAUGAUGAGGAGACCCUACGCUUCGAGGGCGAUCGAGGGAGAUCAAAUAGCUGUAUCAUAUCCGCCGUGAGAGCGAGAAGUAUGAUGAGAAAGGGAUGCCACGCAUAUCUAGCAUACGUGGUUGACAAAACCAAAGAAGAAACGAACAUCGACGAUGUGAGGGUGGUUUGUAAGUAUCCGGAUGUCUUUCCAAAAGAUUUACCGGGACUUCCACCCGAUAGAGAGAUUGAAUUUGUGAUCGAGGUCGAGCCCGGCACCAAACCAAUCUCCAUACCGCCAUACCGUAUGGCACCCGCUGAACUUAACGAGUUGAAAACCCAAUUGCAAGAGCUUUUGGAUAAUGGUUUCAUUAGACCAAGCCACUCCCCGUGGGGAGCACCAGUUCUUUUUGUGAAGAAGAAAGAUGGGACACUUCGAAUGUGCAUUGACUAUCGUCAACUGAACAAGGUCACAAUCAAGAAUAGGUAUCCCUUGCCUAGGAUUGAUGACUUGUUUGAUCAACUACGAGGAGCAACCGUGUUUUCGAAGAUUGACUUGAGGUCGGGGUACCAUCAAUUGAAGAUUAAGGAAGACGACAUACCAAAGAGUGCUUUCCGCACAAGGUAUGGGCAUUUUGAGUUCCUUGUUAUGUCGUUUGGGUUAACAAACACCCCAGCGGCAUUCAUGGACUUGAUGAACCGAGUAUUCCAUAAAUACUUGGAUCGGUUCGUGAUUGUGUUCAUAGAUGAUAUCUUGAUUUACUCGAAGAGUGAAGAAGAGCACGAGGAGCAUUUGAUACUUGUUCUUGAGACACUACGGGAGAAGCAACUUUAUGCCAAAUUUUCUAAAUGUGAAUUUUGGCUAAAGGAAAUUGGCUUUCUCGGGCACGUGGUUUCAGGAUCGGGAAUUGCUGUUGAUAACAAGAAGAUAGAAGCCAUUACCGAAUGGGAGAGACCAAAGAAUGUCAAGGAAAUUCGUAGCUUCCUUGGAUUGGCAGGCUACUACAGAAAGUUCGUGGAAAAGUUCUCUGUUUUGGCGUCGCCGUUGACGAAGCUCACUCGAAAGGGAGCUAAGUUUAUAUGGGAUGACAAAUGUGAGAAAGGAUUCAUCGAACUAAGGAAGCGAUUGACCGAGGCACCGGUACUUGCAUUACCCAAACAAGGUGUGGGGUACGAUGUCUAUAGCGAUGCGAGCAUCCAAGGGCUUGGAUGCGUAAUGAUGCAGAAUGGGAGGGUAAUCGCCUAUGCCUCACGACAGUUGAAGAAGCAUGAGGUGAAUUAUCCUACUCAUGACUUGGAGCUGGGGGCUGUGGUGUUUGCACUGAAGAUAUGGAGACAUUAUCUCUACGGGGAGACAUGUCACAUAUACACUGAUCACAAGAGCUUGAAAUACGUGUUUACUCAGAAAGAGCUAAACAUGAGACAGAGACGGUGGAUGGAGUUGAUAAAGGACUACCAUCUAGUGAUAGAGUAUCACCCUGGCAAGGCAAACGUGGUGGCAGAUGCUUUGAGCCGGAAGAGCUCGUCUGGGGCAUUGCUAGCUAAUUUGAGGGCAUUAAGAGCCCAACUGGAGGUAUCCAGCGAUGGUGCCUUAUUGGCACGAUUUGAGGUGAGACCUACUUUACUUGAUGAGAUCAAGAAGGGUCAAGAGACUGACGCAGAACUUAUGAAGGUCCGGGAACGCAUGCAAGCGGGACCGGUGGAGGAUUUCAGGGAAAGAGAUGAUGGUCUCUUGUUAUUUCGUGACCGAGUGUGUGUGCCGUCAGAUGAUGAGCUCCGAAAGUCCAUCUUAGAGGAGGCUCAUUCAUCGGCUUAUGCCAUGCACCCGGGGGGCACGAAAAUGUACCGUGAUUUGAAAGAAAGUUACUGGUGGUCUGGAAUGAAGAGGGAAAUAGCCGAGUACAUCAGCCGAUGCCUUACUUGUCAACAAGUUAAGGCAGAACAUCAGCAUCCAGCAGGCUUGUUACAACCACUUUCCAUUCCUGAGUGGAAGUGGGAACAUGUGACUAUGGAUUUCGUGGUAGGUUUACCACGGACAAUUCGGAACUACGAUGCGGUUUGGGUUGUUGUGGAUAGGCUCACAAAUAGUGCACACUUCUUGCCUAUCAACACUACCUACCCACUUGAGAGGUUAGCCAAACUGUAUACGGAUGAGAUCGUGAGGCUGCAUGGGGUCCCAGUGACCAUUGUAUCCGAUAGAGACCCACGAUUCACAUCACGUUUUUGGCCGAAAUUUCAAGAGUCUAUGGGAACGAGGUUGAAGUUCAGUACUGCAUUCCAUCCACAGACGGAUGGGCAGUCUGAGAGGGUUAUACAGAUCUUAGAGGAUAUGCUGAGGGCUUGUGCGUUAGAGUUCCAAGGAAGUUGGGACAACCACUUAGCACUCGUGGAGUUUGCCUAUAACAACAGUUAUCAGGCGAGUAUCGGCAUGCCUCCAUAUGAAGCAUUGUAUGGGAGGAGGUGUCGUACACCGUUAUGCUGGGACGAGGUUGGCAUGGCCAAACUCGAGGGUACUGAGUUGGUUGAGAUCACCAAGUCAAAGGUGAAGUUGAUUCGAGAGAGACUCAAAGCGGCUUAGGAUAGGCAAAAGAGUUAUGCAGAUAAGCGUCGAAGAACCUUAGAGUUUAAGGUUGAUGACGAGGUAUUCCUGAAAGUUUCUCCUUGGAAAGGAAUCAUUCGAUUCCAAACCCGAGGAAAGCUUAACCCACGAUAUAUAGGCCCAUUCAGAAUUAUAGAGAGGGUUGGGGCCGUAGCAUAUCGUCUACAGUUGACUCCUGAGUUGGAGAAGAUUCACAAUGUAUUUCACGUGUCCAUGCUUAAGAAGUAUGUGCAUGAUCCUUCUCAUGUGUUGGAGAAGCCGCCCGUGGAGGUACGUGAAGAUUUGAACUAUGCCGUGCAACCGGUAAGAGUUAUUGACAGAAAAGUGAAGAAACUGAGGAGUAAAGAAGUUCCAAUGGUUAAAGUCCUUUGGAAGAGUGACCGGGUCGAAGAAGAGACUUGUGAAACAGAAGCUUUGAUGAGGAAGCAGUAUGCAUUCCUAUUCGAGUAGAGCUGUGAAUUUCGGGGACGAAAUUCCUGUUAAGGGGGGGUGAACUUGUGACACCGCUCCCGAACGUCCUUGAAAAUUUGAUUUAAAAUUCAAAGUUUAUGUAUUGGAUUUCUGAUUCCCAAACAUUUUGUAAAACGAUUAAUGUUUUAUGUAAUUAAUGAUCGAUUAGUGUACUGUUCGAACUCGUAUAUUAGUGUCGGGCAUGCAAAUACUAUUUGGGUCUUAUUAAUAAAUAAAAUAGCCCAACAUUAUCCAAAUAGUGAUACAUAAUCUUUCAAGACAAUCCGAGUAAGGUCGGACGGCCCAAACGUUAUUUUGAGCCCAACCUGCUAAAAUAGCAAGUAUUCGAGAAUGGCGUUCUAGACCCACUCGGGAGUGACCCACACGGUUAGUAGCCCAUUAAUAUGUUCGACAAAUGUCAAAUAAGUGAUAGAAUGAUUAAAGAAGAAUACAAAUGCCUAUAGUCCCAUCUUUAACAUUAUUGAGCUAAAUAAUGGGAGUAGGAUUUUUCUUCUAUAAUAUCCAUUAAGUAAAUUAUUGUGAUAAACCUACACAUAUUGGAAAUCAAUAAUGUGAUGAAGGAAGUUGACUUGUUCUAAAUGAAUUAGGAUGAGUACAAAAAGACAUCUUUGACAAAAGAUAAAACAAUAGGACCCAUCUUCCCAUUUUUGGAAGUAUUGGUAAAUAAUUUGGAUCCCAAAAUGAUUGGAAUCAAUUGGGAACCAUUCCACAUGGACUUAGUACCUGCAAAACAAGUGAAAAGAGGUGAGAAGACCAUAUGGGGCGGACUCUUGGCUCACAUGCACAAAAACUCCAAGAGAAAACAAAAGGGGGAGGUCCACCCCAUAUUUGAUUGCAAACCAAAUAUCUCCCAUGUUCUUUUGUGAGCCACAUACUCUUUUAGCAUGUUUAGGGGCUCCUAAUACACUCCCCAUACACCCCAUUCGACCCCCCAAAGAGAUAAGAGAGAAAGGGAAUCCACACAACCCAAGAGAGAAGGAAGGAGGAGAGCAGUCCGCAGGUUCGUUCUUCAGUGCGUAGCUCUGAUUGUUUGAGCCAUAACUUGAGAUUUACUCAUCCAAAUAAGGCGUGCGAGAUACCAACAGAAAGCUCUCAAGACGAGAAAUCCGUGAAGGUCUGGUUUGCAUCAAUCGGAGUAGUGGAAGGCUUCCAAAUCGACCGAGCAAAACACGACCUCGCAGAAUACGUUUUUGUAUUCAAAGUUAGGGAACGAAUUCGUCGGGAAACACCCGUUCUAGGGACUGUUUUUGCAUUUUCGGUUAGGAGUUGAACUAGCACUUUGAGGGGGCUGUUUAACACUCAAUUCCAAGCAAGGAAUCAGUUCUCAAUCUUCCUUGGCCGAGGCUUUGGUCAUUGGAUCGAGAAGGAAAGUUUUAAAGCUCAUUUGAGGUUGAGACUAGAGCUUGCUUCCUGUGCUCGUUGCUCGAGAGAUCAUAUAGGAGGGAAGACUUGGUUCGUGCUUCCUCCAUUCUGUUUUUAAACAUUAAUAAACAUGCUCAUGGAUAUUUUACUAUAGAGCCUGCGUGCUCAUGAAUAGCCCUGAGUGGCCCUUUUGUUUUAAACAAUGUUUUUCCGCUGCGUUAUGAAUUACUUAUUAUGUUUGUUUAUGGAUGUAUAUGUGUGAAUGAUAUUCAAGACGCCUUGUAUAAUAUGAAUGUGUUGGACUGCGGUUGACUAUUCGUAUUGUACGGCGGGUUGUUGACGUGUCCGGAUAGGUCCGGGGCGUGACAGAGUAUGAUUUACCAAUGAUCAUGGAGGAGAACACAAAUUUAUAUUCCCA